CGGCAGUUCACGACAAUUCUUACCGUCAUACGGUAGCGCAAAGUGUUGCAGUUGAAGUAAACAUGUGAGUAGUAGCCGAAAACACAGAUGGAGAACUACAGUAAAGCUCGGACCGUGGAGCGGCCGUCCGUCUGUCCGUUCUCCGGCCUCCCCGCAGACACGCCGCAGAUCCGCGUCAAAGACGGCAGCAAGAUCCGCAACCUGCUGCGCUUCGCUCUGAGCCGCAUGGAGGCCAAACCGAGAGCAGCCGAGGAGGAGGAGGAGGAGGAGGAAGGUGGUGAGGAGGAGCGGCAGGAGGCGGCAGGUCGGCCGCUCUGCAAGCACCUCGUCUUCACCGCCAGCGGGAAGAGCGUCUCCAAGGCCAUCACCUGCGCAGAGAUCGUGAAGCGGCGCCUGAAGGGGCUCCACCAGCUCACCAGGCUGCUGUACGGCACCGUGGACGAGACGUGGGAGCCGCUGGAGCCCGACGCCGGCCUCGACAGCCUCACCGUCAGCAGGAACCUGCCCAGCAUCUGGAUCCUGCUCUCCAGAGAGCCGCUGGACGGCAGCCAGCCGGGAUACCAGGCACCGGGCCGCUACGACGCCCUGUGGGCUCAGAGCUCCAGCAGGGAGGAGGGCGGAGGGUUCACCGGACAGAGACCGGGGCACCGGAGGAAGAGAGGCGGAGGCAGAGGGAAGGGACCCGGACGUCAGAGUGGACGGUCCAGAGAGCCGGUGAAAGGACAGAACUGAUUUAUUGUAAAGUGCAUCAACAUAGAGAGACUCCGCCACACUGAGAGGAUUUAUAAAGGAUUUCUACAUUUAAAACUGAUUAUAAAUCCAUCACAGGAAAUGUUCUUAUUGUUAAACUUUGUUUUACUGAACUCUAUUAAAGUUAGCAGACACGUGCAACCUAUCAUCAUGUUCUUUGACUGCAGUACGAAGAGGUUUUGUACUGAAAUCUGACUUCUGAAAAUGUGCUUUUCAAUUGAGUAUAUUAAAAAUUUUUUGGUUAGUUUCACCCAGAAAUUGUGUUCCUGGUUCCCUCUGUGCAGAUGUAGACUUACUAAUUUUCCUUUUUGAAUACAGUAAAACAGCAUAAUGUUACAGGCAAACAUUGUACAAGAACAACUUCUUAAUAAAAACAAGUCUUAGACAUAAAGUUGCUUCAUUUGAGGUCCUUUAGCUGAACUGUUUAUCCUAAAGCACAAAGUGUUUUGUGCGUGCAGCCGGUCAGUUUCAGAAACUUCGAGGGAACAAAGAAGGUGUCGGACUUCAUGAAGACCGGAGGCCCAAACUACAAGGUGUUUGUUGAUACCUGCCACCAGGCGUCUAACCGAAUGAUGAAACCGUGAACAUUUCUUUGCUCUUGAACUUCUGUCUGGUGCCAAUGAUAAUAAAAGGUGAAUCCUC